UCAUUCAAAAACCCAUUUCGGAAAUCUCAAUAGCUAUUCAAGUCCACCAGGUCCAACAAAACUUUUCGCAAAUCUGCUUCUUCAACCGCCAUGGCCAUUGGAAGUAGAAAAGUCGCGUCGCUUCUCGUCUUAUCCUUCUUUCUCUAUUCCAUCUCUUCUGUUUCGCUUGCAGAUGUUGACAAAGAUUUGGAAGAUAUCGAAGAGCUUCUCUCUAUUGAUGAGGAGGAGGACAUGGGCAGUGUUUCUCAUGGGAAGCCCUCAGCAGCAGAGCUCCUUAGCCGAGCCCAGAGGAUCGUUGUUGAGCUUAACAACGAGAACGUCAAGCGGGUAAUCGAUGGAAAUGAGCUGGUUUUGGUUCUGGGUUAUGCGCCCUGGUGUCAAAGGAGCUCUGAGUUAAUGCCUAGAUUUGCCAAGGCUGCAACAGCGCUUAAUGCGAUGGGAAGUUCGGUGGUAAUGGCGAAGCUUGAUGCGGAGCGCUAUACUAAGGCAGCGAAGCUGCUGGAAAUCAAGGGGUUUCCUACCAUUCUUCUCUUUGUAAAUGGUAGCGGUAAGCCGUACACUGGUGGAUUCUCUAGGGAUGAAAUAUUUAUUUGGGUUAGAAAGAAGACUGGUUUCCCUGUAAUAAGAUUGUCAUCAGUAACUGCAGCAGAGGAAUUCCUUAAAAGGCAUCAGAUACUUGUUAUAGGUUUCUUUGAUAGCUAUGAGGGAAUUGAAUACAAUGAGUUCGUUAAAGCAGCAGCUAGUGAAAAUGAAAUCCAAUUCGUUGAGACCAAUGAUGUUAUUGUUGCGAAAGUUCUCUAUCCAAACAUUAGAUCUAGCAAACCUUUCAUUGGCAUUGUCAAAGGUGAACCUGAAAGAUUUGAGAGCUUUGAGGAAGAAAUUGAGGAGGGGAAUAUCUUGAAUUUUAUAGAAGUGAAGAAGUUUGCUUUACUUACAUCUUUAACCGAACUUAAUUCUGCCAGAGUUUAUUCCAGCCGUAUAAAGUUACAGGUCUACUUUUUUGCCGAGCCUGAUGAUUGCAAGUCCUUCCUCUUUUUAUUUCAUGAUGUUGCAAGAAAAUACAAUUCGAAGAUAAUGUUUAUAUAUGUUGAUUCUACUAAAGAAAGCCUUGCAAAACCAUUAUUGACAUUAUUUGGUUUGGAAGCAAAAAGGCCUCUUGUGACUGCAUUCGAUAAUAGGAUUGGAUCAAAAUACCUUAUGGAAUCGGACAUUUCUCCAGGGAAUUUAGAAGAGUUCUGCUCAGGACUGCUUCAUGGUGCUCUCUCGCCUUUCUUCAAGUCUGAACCCAUUUCAAAUUAUAAUGAGAUGAUUGAAAAAAUUGUUGGUAGGACAUUUGAUUCCUCCAUCUUGGAGAGUGCUGAGAAUGUUUUUCUUGAGGUUUAUACACCCUGGUGCAUUGACUGUGAAGCCACGAGCAGGAAAAUUGAGAAGUUGGCCAAGCAUUUUAAAGGACAGGAAAAUCUAAAAUUUGCUAGGAUUGAUGCGUCUUUAAAUGAACAUCCGAAACUGCAGAUAGACAACUAUCCUGCACUUCUGUUUUAUCCUGCUGGAAGUAAAUCAAACCCGAUCAAACUCUCCAAAAAGUCCAGCACAAAGGAAUUGGCAGCCUUUAUAAAAGAAAAUAUGAAAUCGACAGAUGGAAAUAUAUCAAGCCAAUCAAAUUUAAAGAAAGACGAAUUAUGAAAUAUAUUAUUUGAAGAAGAAUGCAGAGCAACAUCGAAGGUGAGCUCUUAUUCAACACCACAUACAUGCCUUAUGUCAAAAUAAUAGGAAAUGCUAAUCUAUGAUGUCAGAUGAUGCUAUAAGGCUUAAAUAUUACUUUCUGGUAUUAGAUCCGUGGGAUUUUUAUACUUAUUUUUGGUUAUUUUUUAUGAUAAAUUGGCAUGUAAAAUAAUUCUUUUUCCUUCUUUAGAUAUCUAAUA